AUGUCCAUGUCAUCCGUCAUCAGCCCCCAGUCGGAGGUGCCCAAGAUGGCAGGCUCCAUGACCUCGAAGGAAUGGGUCAUCCCCCCUCGCCCCAAGCCCGGCCGCAAGCCUGCCACGGACACUCCGCCCACAAAGCGCAAGGCGCAGAACCGAGCUGCACAGAGAGCCUUCCGCGAGCGCCGAGCCGCCCGCGUCGGCGAGCUCGAGGAGCAACUGGACGAGCUCAAGGAGGCCCACGACAAGAAGGAGGCCGAUUCCAAGGACCGUAUUCAUGAGCUGGAGAUGGAGGUGCAGUCCUACAAGUCUCGCUGCGAUGUGCUCGAGACCAUGCUCGAGCGUGAGAGGCAGGACCGCGUCAAGGCCGAGACGGCGCUUGAUGGCCAAAAGAGGAGGUGGGAGCGUCAGGCUGCUCUGGGGCAGUUCCAGCUGCCCACCCAGCGCGGUUCGCACAGCAGUGAAAACCAGCUGUCCCCCAUCCACCAGACAUCCAUGGCAUCGCAGAUGCCCACGCCUGAGGACCCCUCCCCUAUGGACACCACAGGAGUCGAUCUGACUUGCGGUUCCUGCGGCCCCGAAGGUCGCUGCGCCUGUGCUGAAGAUAUUCUGAGGACGGUUGAGUCGGCCGACUCCCUGGACGAUGCCAUGAAUGCGGGCUCCUCAGAUCUCAAGCGAGCACCUCCUUCGCCGGCCUUUGCCCCGGCCGACAAGCGUCAGCGUUCCAACUCCCACGCCGGUGACAUGGCCAACGAAAUCGACUUUACGUCCUUCUUCAAGAAGCAGCCUCAGAUGCAGCAGCAGCAGCAAAUGUCCUCAAACCUCGUCAAGGAUCCCUGUGGCUUCUGCAAAGACGGCGAUUACUGCAUCUGCGCCGACACAGCCCUCAACGCCGCCCCUACGUCCUACACGGCUCCUGCCCCCUUUUUCCAGCAGACGCAGACGCCGCCACCCUCGGACAACGAUGUCGUGCCCCCUAUCCCCAUGGAGAUCAACUCGGACGGCGCCGUCAAGCUCCGCCCUCGCCCCCGCCCUGCCGCCGCCCCCGUUGCCGCGCCGGCUCCCACCCGCGGCUGCGGUCCCAGCGGCCCCGGAACCUGCGCCCAGUGCAUUGCCGACCCCAUCUCGGGCCUCUUCUGCCGCGCCCUCUCGGCCAACAUGAACAAAAAGGGCCAGAGCCCCGGCGGCGGCGGCGGCUGCUGCGGCGGUGGCGGCCGUGACGGCGGCUGCUGCAAGACCGGCAACACCACCCCGCAGCUCCCCAAGCCCUCCGCCCUCAAGCCAGGCCUCGGCCUCAGCCUCAGCUGCGCCGAGGCGUACCAGACCCUCUCGAGCCACCGCAACUUCGACAAGGCCACCGACGACAUAAGCUCGUGGCUGCCCAAGCUGCGUGCCGCGCCGCGCAUCGGCGAGACGCUGCCGGAACCGACGGCCUCGCGGCUGCCGAUCGAGGUCGAGGCCGCGAGCAUCAUGAGCGUGCUCAAGGACUUUGACAUUCGCUUCGGCCGGGGCUUGUAA